AUGUCACAGUCAACGCCAGAUGGCAACCCUUCUCAGGAGGAGAACGACCGGCCGGUGAAGCUUCCAAUACGUACAAAGGACGGGCAAGAAGCCAUGGACCCCACAGAAGAUCCCUCAGGGGAGAAGAUCAGCAAGAGUGAGCAGAAGAGACGUCAGAAAGAGAAGGAGCGUGAGGAGAAGAAGGCGGCCAAAGCGGCAACCGCCCCACCCCAGGCCGAGAAAAAGGUGUCUGCUGUCGCUCAGGAAGCUGAAUUGACGCCAAAUCAAUAUACAGAGAUCCGAUCGCGCACCGCCCGCGAACUCCACCGCGCCCCUCAUUUCGACAUUCAUGGGGCCAACCCCCCGCAUAAUGAAACCGUGGGUGGAUUCAUACCGAAAUACCAGCAUAUCAAGACAGGCGAGCACCUCAAAGACGUGGAAGUCAGUCUCGCAGGCAGGGUUUUCACCAAGCGAGAGGCAGGACCCAAGCUCAUAUUUUAUGAUCUGAGGCACAAGGGCGGCAAGCUCCAGAUAAUGUGUCAAGCUCAAGAGGCAGCGGGCCCGUUGACUUUCGAACAACAACAUGAACAUAUACGGCGUAAUGACAUUAUAUGGGUUACAGGCUACCCGGGACGGACAGCUCCAAGGAAUCGACCCGAGGGCGAACUCUCCCUAUUCGCAAGAGAAGUCAAAAUGCUUACACCAAGUCUACACCAACUCCCAUCAGAUCACUAUGGUUUCAAGGAUCAAGAGCAAAGAUACCGACAGAGACACCUGGACUGGAUCAUGAACGAGGCUUCGGUGGAUGUCUUCCGCAAGCGUCAUGAGAUUAUCCGCUACAUCCAAAAAUUCUUCGACGGGAUGGAUUUCAUUGAGGUGGAGACCCCUGUAUUGACCGCUAUAGCAGGGGGAGCGACCGCCAAACCUUUUAUGACGCACCACAACGAGCUGAACAUGACCCUCUACUUGCGGAUCGCACCAGAACUAGAUCUCAAGAAAAUGAUUGUUGGUGGGUUCGAUCGAGUCUACGAAAUAGGCAAGCAAUUCAGAAAUGAAGGCAUUGAUUUGACCCACAACCCGGAGUUCACGACCUGCGAGUUCUAUAUGGCAUACGCAGAUGUGUUUGAUGUCAUGGAAAUUACCGAAGAUCUGGUAUCUGGUUUGGUGAAGCACGUCACCGGCAGCUACGAGACUAAGUUUGACCCCCAGACAGGGGAGCAGUACCACAUCAAUUGGGCAAAGCCUUGGAAGCGUGUCGAGAUGAUACCAGCUCUCGAGGAAGCGUGCGGAGAGAAAUUUCCGCCUAGCACGGAGCUACAUACGGAGGCUUCUACCGAUUUCCUCAAGCGUGUUCUCAAGAAAAUGAAUAUCGAAUGCUCGCCACCGCAAACAAACGCCCGGAUGCUGGACAAACUUGUUGGCGAAUUCAUCGAAGAGAAGAUCGUUAAUCCCACAUUUAUCACCAAUCACCCUCAGAUCAUGUCUCCUCUUGCCAAAGUACACCGCAAGCAUCCGGGUCUCUGUGAGCGGUUCGAAGCCUUUGUCUGCAAGAAAGAGAUCGUAAACGCUUACAGCGAACAAAAUAAUCCCUUCGCGCAACGAGAAGCUUUUGAGGAACAAGCCAAAAUGAAAGCCCAGGGCGAUGAUGAAGUGCCGGCCAUUGACGAGAGCUUCAUAACGGCUUUGGAAUAUGGGUUGCCACCGACUGGAGGCUGGGGUAUGGGAAUUGACCGCCUGGUCAUGUUCUUGACUAACCAUUACAACAUCAAAGAGGUACUUGCCUUCCCUUUUAUGAAGGAUGACCGGAGCCAGGGCAAGGACAAAGGGGCUGUAGCCGAGGGAGAAGCCGUAGUGACCGGUCUCGAUGGGGGGAUUUGUAAGUCAAAAUCUGCAGAUUCGGGGGAUUUUGUGAUCUCGUCUCACCCAUUGUACAGUGCACAAAUAGACACGGACGAUUGA